AAAUAGCGCUCUCAAUUGUCGGUUAUCGGAGCUGUUGUGCAACUACUCGUAUCAUGCCGGAAGAACCAUAUUGGACCGGAUUAUGUUCAGAUAACUCGGCAAGGGAACACGUCCCUCGAAAUGAAACGAAGCGUCCCUCAAAAUUAAGUCCAAAGUUCCUUAUUUAAAAAUUUCAAUUAUUCAACCAAUGUCUGUAACAAGGAGACGAUGGAAUAAUGAUUAGUGAUGCAGAUUUGUGGAUUAGUGAUCGUAGUAAAACAGUGAUGUCAAUGUAUUAUACAAAAUGAAAAACGGUAAAAGAAAAUAUUCAACGGACAAUGGUGUUGAUGCGCCGUGCUGUAAACAUCUCUCAAUUUUUGCUUGUGUGUGUGCAGUUAUAUCCCUUAUAGUUCAUACUUAUAAUUAUAUAGAAAUUGGUGAUGCGAAAGCUAAUAUAAAUAUAGAAGCUAGAAAUGUAGUGAGAAAUAUGUUAGAAGAUAAAUUAGAAGAAAGAAUUGAAAGUUACUUCACAGAAUUAACUGGAACAACUUCGAGCAGAUUAAAGCGAGAAGCAAUGUUGAAAUCAUCUCAGAUUCAAGAAGAUAAUACAGUGGCACCGCACGUCGAGUUUUUCAAUCCAAAAAUGCGAGCCGAGCUCGAGGAGAAGGACGCCGCAGAAAUGCGCCGGACUGGUGCCAAAGGUCCAGCUCCUGGUGGCGACACGUGGGUGUGGCUCACCAGUUACUCUAGAGUUCCAUACAAAGUCGUGCAGGGAUUUUGUAAAGCAACGCAGGACUAUUGUCCUCCUGGAGUACAAGGUCCUAAAGGUCCUACUGGUAUGCCAGGACCUAAAGGAGAUAGAGGAGAUGCAGGAGCACCCGGAACCCCGGGCCAUGCGGGAGCUAGAGGGCCGAUUGGACCGCCUGGACCAAAAGGAGAACGUGGCUUCCCUGGCAACGCGGGGUUGGACGGUCGAGAUGGUGUGCCAGGGGAGCCAGGACUAGAUGGGAUGUCAGGCAGGAAUGGCGCUGACGGUGCUCCAGGUAAAGACGGUCGGGACGGAGUACCGGGAAGAGACGGCAGUCCAGGAAAGAAUGGAAAAGAUGGGAAAGACGGCAGAGCAGGUGCACCAGGCCCGCCGGGCCUUCGAGGUGUAAAAGGCGAUCGGGGACCGACAGGACCCAAGGGUCAACGCGGCAACGACGGCCGAGAUGGCGCUCCAGGAAGACCCGGUCUCUCCAUAUACAACUAUACGAAAGAAAAAGAACUGUUCAUACCGCCAACAUUUGCACAGGACCACACUCGUGUAAUAGUGCGCGAGAGUGAUACCCUACGCAUCAGCUGCAACCCAAUGGGGCGACCUGAACCCACCGUGGAGUGGCGAAGAUCUGACGGCACUGCUAUUAUUCAGGGUUCGUGGCGCGAUGCCUCUGUAAGCGGCCACCUUCUGAACAUACCGAACGUAUCAAGAUGGCAUACUGGCAAGUACGUCUGUCUGGCCAACAACGGGAUGCUGCCAGCCGCUAAUCAGACUACAGACGUCGAAGUGCAUUUCAGUCCUUACAUAAGGGUACCGAAUAACAUAGUGUAUGUUUACAACAAAACUGCUAAAAUAGAGUGUGAGAUACAAGCAUGGCCAGAACCAGUUCUUGCUUGGGAGUAUGAAGGUAUCACAUUGGAGGGCCCACGUUAUAAGACCGAGGUGGUAACCACCGGGGACCCCUGGCGGUGGAUCAUGAGAUUAGAGAUCCCAGGGAUUAGGGAGCAUGAUCUACGCCAGUACAGCUGUGUUGCAAAGAACGAGUUGAAUAAUCAGACUGUGAAAGGACAUAUAAAACUUGCGUAUCCGAGUCCCCACCAGCACAUGCCAGUGCAGCAGCCGAUGGAGUUUGGCUCACGGCCUCCGAUCUUGACCUCCUACGAAGAGCUUUGCCAAGUACAACGAUGCCCGUCGUGCCCUCGGUGCGACCGUGCCCAGUUACUUAUACUCAGUAUGAAUUCAACUGCUGGUUACAACAUACGAAGGAAUACUAAUUGCCAAUUAUACGCUAUCGGAAAACCUGUUUAUCACAGAUAUAAGGACGAACUGUUCGGAGCUUGGCUGAGGGAUUCUAACGCUACGGAUGCUCAGAGGGACAAGCUGUGGACUACACAGGAGAACGAUGUGGAAAGACUACGGGAAUAUGGGAGCAAAGUCAGUUUCAAAUCGGAUCACGUGGACGAAUUUCAUAAACUACAGAAACCGUUCUUUGGUAACGGACACAUAGUUUAUAGUGGGUCAUUCUUCUAUCAAGCCAACGAGUCUGGUCAUCCUGGUGAUAUCAUCAGGUACGAUCUGACGCAGAGUAGAAUCAAGUCUGUGCACUUACCCCAUGCAGCUGGAAGAUUGUAUACCUCUCAACAUAAUCAGGUAGACUUCAGUGCUGAUGAUAAUGGCCUAUGGGCCAUUUAUUCAAUUGAAGGUUCAAACAACACCGCAGUUGCUAAGCUUAGUUUCGACCCUAGCAGGGAUGGAUUAAACAUAGACUAUAUUUGGAAUAUCUCGCUUAAUCACAGACAGGUUGGAGAAAUGUUCAUAGUAUGUGGGGUAUUGUACGCUCUGGACUCCGCCACAGAACGAGAGAGUAAGGUCACGGUAGCCAUAGACCUAUACCUCAAGAAACCAGUUGAAGUAUCCCUUCAAUUCACCAAUCCGUUCAGAAAGACCACACAGUUGGGGUACGAUCAUAUGCACAAAGAGUUAUAUUCCUGGGACAGAGGCAAUCAGCUUACGUAUCCAGUCCGAUAUAAUGAAUUACCUGGACCCUAGCACGUUACGUAACUUACUAUUUAAACCAUAGUUUAAGAUGUAAAUAAAAAGUUUGUACCUUCAAUAA